AUGGCAAUCCUCGCAGGCAUAGCAACAGGCCUAGUGGCUGGCAUCCACGUCUACAUCACCGUCCUCGAGAUGUUCCUCUGGACCACUCCGCGCGGUCGCAAGGCCUUCAAGUUGACGGCUGACUUCGCCGAGAAGACAAAGGUUCUCGCAGCAAACCAAGGUCUCUACAAUGGCUUUUUGGCCGCUGGACUCGCCUGGGGACUCCUGCACCCCGUCACCGAAGUGGCGAGCCAGAUCCAGCUGUUCUUUGCCGGCUGCGUCCUCGUUGCCGGCUUGUACGGCGCCUCAACAGUCAGCCCGCGGAUCCUUUACGUCCAGGCCCUCCCAGCGGCUAUUUCUAUCGCCCUUGUGCUCCUGGACAUCUAA